GCAGAGAUAGUUUGUCUUCUCUGUCUUGUAAUAUCAGAAAGUGUUAUAAUUUGUAGGGAGUGUCGGUGAAUUCCCAAACCUUCUCUUAUUCCGUCUCGUCUCCUCUCCUCUCCUCUUACUCUUCCCAUCGCAUGUAACCGUUUCUCGUCGACAAACCCAGAUCGAGAGAAGAAGAAAACUUGGUGUUUUUCUUUGUGGGCGGUUAUGGAGACGGGAGCGAAAGUAACGGCGGCGACUAUGGUGAUAGAGACGAGGAAAAGAGAUCUGAAACCGUACAAAGGGAUACGGAUGAGGAAAUGGGGCAAAUGGGUUGCAGAGAUUAGAGAACCAAACAAGCGUUCAAGGAUCUGGCUCGGCUCUUACUCUACUCCUGAAGCCGCCGCCAGAGCUUACGACACUGCUGUUUUCUACCUCCGUGGUCCCUCCGCGAGGCUUAAUUUCCCGGAGCUUUUGGCCGGACUCACGGGUGGAGGAAGAGACCGUGGAGAUAUGUCGGCGGCGUAUAUAAGGAGAAAAGCGGCGGAGGUUGGUGCUCAAGUGGAUGCGCUUGGAGCCACGGUGGUGGUGAAAUCCGGCGAAAACGGUACCAAAGUUAAGGGCGGUAACGGGUCACCAGAGCGGGUCGAUUUAAAUAAAUUACCCGACCCGGAAAGUUCGGAUGGCGAGGAGGAGUGGGUGAAGAGGAGAUAGUUGUAGUUGUAGGAGAAUGUUUGUCUCUAUGAUGCGCUGUUCGCUAACAUGCGCAAAUCCUAUUUUUUUUAUCAUUAGUGUUAAUCAUGUCUCCAUUUUAUUUUUGCUCACCCCCUCGACAAAAGAUUUUACUUAACUCUCAAAUUGUCACGUACGAUUUACGACUGGAUUGUAUUGACCGGCAGUGGUUAGUCUUGUAUUGACUGGCCGUGGCAUGGUAGAACAUAUAUAUACAACACAAAGCUAACACAAAGUUACACACGGUUGUUUUUA